GGGACUGCGGGUCCUCCACGCGCGCCUCCAUCUUUAAACCCCAGAGGAGAAGAAACAGCUUCCGCUCAGUCGUACACACACAAGAUCCUGCGUUCACACACACAUUUAUGACACUUUGAGCUCCAGAUCUGCGUUUUAAAUCGACGGAUUGUACUAGGAAAGACCUGAGGAACUUAUUCAGAGCGCGUUCGGUGAUUGAACAGCUUUAUUUCUGCACUGACAUCCUCAAAAACACGGCGGAGUGAUCGCAGCUGCGCGUCUCUUCUUCUUCUUUUGUCCGUCUCUCUCUCGGUUUCUCGGCUCCUGAUGCCCGGAGAUGAGUAGAGGAACAUGUCGGUUUCGGGACUGAAGGCCGAGCUGAAGUUUCUGGAGUCCAUUUUCGACCCGAAUCACGAGCGCUUCAGGAUUCUGGACUGGAAGCCGGACGAGUUGAGCUGCCAGUUCAACGUGACCGGAGAGAAGCUGCUCAUCAUCCACUGCAACAUCACGGAGUCCUACCCCUCGACGUCCCCGAUAUGGUUUGUGGACUCCGAUGACCCGAGUCUGACUCAAGUUCUGGAGCGGCUGGAGGACGUGAGGAAGGGAAACACGCUGCUCUUGCAGCAGCUGAAGAGGCUGAUCUGUGAUCUGUGUCGCCUCUAUAAUCUUCCCCAACACCCUGAUGUGGAGAUGCUGGACCAGCCGCUCCCUGCAGCGCCCCUGAACCCGGACCGCAAGCUUGGGACCACGGAUGAGGUCACAUCAGAGGAGGAAGAGGAGGAAGAGAUGGGAGAGCAGGACAUCGAUCUGGAACACUAUGAAAUGAAAGAGGAGGAGCCGGUGGAUGGGAAGAAGUCAGAGGAUGAUGGGAUCGAGAAGGAGAACUUGGCCAUUCUGGAGAAGAUCCGCAAGAACCAGAGGCAGGACCACUUGAAUGUAAGUGCUCAUUCGGGCGCUGUGUCUGGAUCAGUUCAAGCGUCGGAUCGCCUCAUGAAGGAGCUCAGGGAGAUCUACCGGUCUCAGAGUUAUAAGAACGGAAUCUACUCAGUGGAGCUGUUCAACGACAGCCUGUACGAGUGGCAUGUGAAGAUAAGAACUGUGGAUCCAGACAGUCCUCUUCACAGUGACCUGCAGGUGCUGAAGGAGAAGGAGGGAAUCGACUACAUACUCCUCAACUUCUCUUACAAAGAUAACUUCCCGUUCGAUCCUCCGUUUGUACGAGUGGUUUCUCCUGUGCUUUCUGGAGGGUAUGUUCUGGGUGGAGGAGCUCUGUGUAUGGAACUACUCACUAAACAGGGCUGGAGCAGUGCCUAUUCCAUAGAGUCUGUCAUCAUGCAGAUCAAUGCCACACUAGUCAAGGGGAAAGCAAGAGUGCAGUUUGGAGCCAAUAAGAACCAGUACAAUCUUGCCAGAGCGCAGCAGUCGUAUAAAUCCCUGGUGCAGAUCCACGAGAAGAACGGCUGGUACACACCACCGAAAGAGGAUGGCUAGAGCGAGAGAUCACACAUGAACAUGUAUCCUGCGGUGGACAUCUCUUUGUUCCCGUUCCUCCUCUCAUCCCUCUGUCUCUGCCACGUGUGUCCCGUCACUUC